AUGAAGCUCGCCGCCUCUCUCAUCGCCCUCCUUCCGCUGGCCGUGGUCGCAACGCCGAUUACAUCCCCCAAUCCAUCUGAAGAGUCUAUCGCCAACCUUGCGCCCCGAGCCGAUACUGUUUGCUACCUCAACUCCGAUGCUCUCAAGAACGACCCUCAAGGUUGCGAUACCAGUCCUACUAGCGGCACGCGCCGCCGAGGUGUAACGGGCGGCGACCGCUUCGGCGUGCGUUGCACCAAGACCGGCAAGUGCAUCAACGGGAACUGUAAAUGGGACUACGUUCCGGGCUGGAACUGUUACAUCUGGAGUGGCUGGACUCAGCAAAACUGCGAGCUUAGAGAAGGUGGUCUCCAGUAG